AUGGCCAACGCCGGCUAUACCUCGCCCUUCCCGACCUCCCACGACACCAUCGGCCAGUCCACACUCGCCACGCCGCUUUUCAUGCCAUCUUCUCCUCCUCAGAACGCCUCAAGCCGGACUGCCGAAUCUCCUUUCCGCUCUGACAGUCCCCAGCGCGUCCCCACAGACGGCGAAAACAACGGCCAAGAUCGUGACGAUGGCGACGCGCAUCACUCCGACAAUGAGCUGCAGCACCGAUCACGUCCGGAAACGCCUGGAAGCCCCUCGGGCUCGGAUUUGGAUGCCCGUCUCGCCGGUUACACCUUGGAUUUCAGUCGUUUCCCCAGCGGCCAAUUCGGCGCAGACACGCGGCCGCUGCCGGAGUUGAAAGAUGACGCGGGUGAUAAUCUGUCCGAGGUCGGUGGACCGGAGGACUUCACCGCGAAUAUGGAAAAAUACCUAAUGGGCGAAGACGAGGAAGCACCUGCCACUGUCAAGGCAAGCUUGCGACAAUCUAUACGGUCACAACAACAUGACAUUGAGGAUGAGGCAGACUCUAGUGGCUACAGUGAGUUUGGUCCUCCAGUCGAUAUGUCGACUCCGUCGCAUCUUCUGCACGGCGGCAGCGCUUUAACAAGGGACUCAGCCCAUCUCGAGGACAUCGAAGAGGAGCCGAGGUCGCCCUCUGUCCGGAAGCAAUCAACAACAUCGAGCCAGGCAACGGGUGACCGAGAGGAGGGCCUACGUCAACGGAUCGCAGAAUUGGAACAUGCUCUACAAGACCGUGACGAGAAACUGCAGAGGAACCGCAGACGAGUACUCGAGGCUGCCUCAGCUGGCGAGCAGAUCCGGCACCUUCAAGCUGAACUGCAGCGCAAGACCGAGCUUCUGGACAAAGAACUUGCCAAAGGAGGUGACGAACCACCUUUGCGACAGUCGACAAACGGCUCUGAUUUAACAGGAUUACAACAACAAGUACGGACGAUGCAGCAACAGCUGCAGAACCGGGAUUCGCAGAAAUCCCUGGACGCCGAGCGUUUGGAGACUAUUGCACACCUGCGCCAACAACUCAACCUGACCCAAGAGCAACUGCGGAAACGAGACGCUACCCUUGAUGAUACAGUUGCAAAAUUGAGAGAGGUUACUCGGGCAAAGGAAGUGCAGCUACAGCAGAAAAAUACCGAGAUCGAUGAGCUCAAGGCUCAGAUGGAUGAUCAAGCUUUGGAGAAUGAGAAGCUGGAGAGGGAGGUGGACCGCAUUGACACCGAAUACCACGACCUUGAAGAACGCUUCACCGAACUGGAGGACAAAAACCGACCCUUGGAAGAGAAGAACCACACGUUAGAGGCCGACCUCACCCGCGUGCAGUCCCGCAUGUCCGCCCAAGAAAGUGCCCUCAAAGCUGCGGCUGCCGAUCUGCCUGAUGCGGAGCGCAACACCUAUACUGAAAUCCUCGAUCUCAUCAAGGACUUGGGUGUGAAUAGUCCCCCCGAAUCUCCCAUGAAAGAAAACUUUUCCCACGGACAGGACGUACCACUGCGCCAGGAGAACAUGCGGCUCGAACAGGAGCUCGAGGAGACCAAGGCAGCCCAAAAAGCUGCCGAUGCGGAAGUCAGCCGGCUACGAGAUCAAGCGACUGAAGCGCAAACCUUGAUCAAGACUAUCGAGGCAGAGAACUCGCGGCUCGCUGGCAAAGUGGAGGAGCUUACCAUCGGCCUCAGCAAUGCCCAGCACGAGCUCACCCAGACAAGGGAAGAACAUGCUGAAUCUUUGGAAACCAUCGCCCCUCGCAACACCGCCAAUCCGGAGCAGCACGGAGGACCGGCUUCAGACCGGGAAGCGUCACACCAAGCCCAACUCCGGAGCCUACAAACCGCGCACUCCACCGCUAUCACGACCCUCCGCUCCUCGCACGCAGAGUCUAUGCGCAAGAUGCGCAACCUCCUCACAGCGGCGGAGCAGCGCGAAGCCGAACUUCAAGCCGAACUAAGUGCUAUGCGCAUCACAUCCUCCGGCCAAGAAUCCGAGCUGCGCCGCUCCUUCAAGGCAGAAAUCAAGCGCCUUGAAUGCAUCAUCGCCGCGAAAGACGAAUCCGCCGCAGCUGUGGACCAACGAAUUGCGAUGUCAGUCGACCGGCGCGAGCGCGAGUGGGAGCGUCGCAUACAGUUACUUCUCAAGGAACGGGAUCGUAUGGGUAAAGCUCUGCUGCAGGCUUGGGGGGAGAAAGAAUUGGGGAAGGGUGCCAGUGCGUUAUCUGAUGGGAAAGAGAAAGAGAACCGGAGGAGGGAUGCGGAUCGGGGAGAUGUGAAGCAGGGUCAGGCGUAUCGGUAUAAGUACGCUUCUAAGCAUCAGUCUCGGAGUGGCGAGAACAAGGCAUAG